AUGCACGUCACCUUCAUAUUGACGGCAGUUGCCAGCCUCAUAGUAGUCACACUGGCAGCAGUACCUGAAAACAUCCACCAAAACCGCACCAAGCGGCAUCGCAACCUGCGGCCCUUCCCGCAUCUCCAGCGCCUGCAGCUGCCUAACAACCACCACCCCGCCCCCCAUCACCACAACCAGCAGCAGCAGCACCUUCGACACCUCAACCUGCACCCCGCAAUCCAUCUCCGCGUGCCCCACCGCCCCCGACCCCUGCUGCGCCUUCAUCUGCGCCGAAGCCCAAGUCCCCUUCGACGUCUGCUCGCCCAACAACCGCACCGUCCUGGCCCAAUGCUCGCAGUGCUCCUACCCGACCACGACCGCCACCCCUUCCAAGAAGACGACGACGGCAACCUCGGCCCCCAAGACGACGACGACGACGACCGCGCCGCCCAAGACGACGCUGAGCAGCAGCGCGGCCACGACGGCGCCGGCGAGCUUCCCCUUCCCGACGUCGACGUGCACGGGCAGGCUGCUGAGCAUUGCGGGGUGUCCGACGCCGUAUGA